CGACCUUCCUCCGACGCGAUGUCCCGCCGACGCCCAAAUUUCUCGACCAGAACCGCCGAGGAGGAUGUCGCGCGCCUCGAUCCAGGUGAUUCAGUGCCUACCAAUCUCUUUCGCGAUAUCGCUCAGUGGUGGGAUAAACGGGACCACAAUACGGAAGCAGAGGAAAACAGCGGAGAGAGAGUUUCUCCUGCCGGGCCUUUACAUGAGUCCAGUACCCACAAGGACCACAAACAUGGGCAUCGGUUCCGCUCAACGGAUGAGCCCAAGAAGCUCGGGACUCUUUCCGGCGUCUUUGUUCCGACGACAUUGAAUGUGCUGAGCAUUCUGAUGUUCCUUCGUUUUGGUUUCAUUCUAGGACAGGCAGGCGUAUUGGGCAUUCUCGUGCUGCUCAUAAUCUCAUACACGAUCAAUCUCGUGACGACAAUGUCUCUUUCCGCCAUUGCAACAAACGGGACAGUGAGAGGCGGAGGUGCAUACUACCUGAUCUCUCGGUCUCUCGGCCCCGAGUUUGGCGGGUCCAUUGGUUUAGUCUUUUAUUUAGGCACCGUCUUCAAUACCGGCAUGAACGCUGUUGGUCUCGUCGAUUGCUUUACCCAGAAUUUUGGGAUUUAUUCCGGGAGCUGGGCGAACUUCCUUCAGGAAGGCUUUUGGUGGCAGUACUUGUGGGGCACGGUUAUCCUUGUUCUCUGUACCGGUAUCUGCUUGGCCGGAAGUUCCAUGUUCGCCAAGGCGAGCAACGGGCUGUUGAUCAUCCUACUCGUGGCCACGUUUAGUAUCCCCUUGUCAGCCAUCUUCAUGAAGCCUUCUUCUUGGCCGGAGCACGGGGUCGAGUUCACGGGCCUCCGCGUGAGGACUCUACUUGAGAAUCUGAAACCCCAUCUGACAAAAGGCGCUGCGGGUAGUCAGAUCAAAGGGAGAGAAACCUUUCAAGAUCUGUUUGGGAUUCUCUUCCCCGCCACGGGCGGAAUCUUCGCUGGUGCGAGCAUGUCGGGCGAUCUGAAGAACCCGAGCAAGUCUAUCCCCAAAGGUACCCUUUCGGGUCUGGCUUUGACUUUUAUCACCUACACGCUUGUCAUUUUGGCCAUGGCAGCUUCGAUCACACGGGAUUCCUUCUAUAAUAACGUGAAUGUGAUUCAGGUCGUCAAUGCCUCCGAUGCCGUCAUACUUCUCGGCGAAUUUGCUACCUCGUUCUUUUCCUCGCUGAUGGGGGUUAUCGGAUCUGCCAAGCUUCUCCAGGCCAUUGCCCGAGAUAGUUUACUCCCGGGAUUCGGAAUUUUCGGACAAGGAACCCGGAAGACUGACGACCCAAUUUACGCGAUAGUUGUGACUUUCGUGUUUGCUCAACUUACGAUGCUGUUUGAUAUCAAUCGUAUCGCGUCUUUUGUCACCAUGACCUACCUGAUGACUUUCCUGGUCACGAAUCUGGCCUGCUUCCUCUUGAAGAUCGGUUCUGCCCCGAACUUCCGGCCGUCGUUUCAUUACUUCAACUGGCAGACGGCUGCAGCUGGAACUCUAGUCUCUGGUGUCAGCAUGUUCUUUGUGGACGGUCUGUAUGCCACAGGCUGUGUCAGCAUCUUGGUUGUGCUUUUCUUAUUGAUCCACUAUAGUUCGCCUCCCAAGCCGUGGGGCGAUGUUAGCCAGAGCCUGAUAUACCACCAGGUCCGCAAGUACCUGCUCCGGCUGCGGCAAGAGCACGUCAAAUUCUGGCGGCCACAGAUUCUACUCUUUGUGGCUGAUCUUGACAGGCAGUACAAAAUGGUCUCCUUUUGCAACUCGCUGAAGAAAGGCUCUCUUUUUGUCCUUGGACAUGUCAUCGUGACCGAAGAUUUUUCAUCGGCGGUCCCAGAAGCACGCCGGCAGCAGACAGCAUGGACCAAGCUCGUCGAAUACUCCAAGAUUAAGGCCUUUGUUAAUAUAUCUGUAUCGCCCGCGGUAGAAUGGGGAAUGCGGAAUAUUGUUCUGAAUUCGGGACUAGGAGGGAUGCGACCUAACAUUGUCGUGCUUGACCAAUAUCGACAAAAUCAGUCCUUGGUCGAAACAGUGUCAACGACCGGCUUGCGGAGAGAUUCAUCCAAGUCUAGACGUCUAUCAGCUGCGUCAGGCACCCGCAAUGACGCGUCCGAAGAGGCAGGUUCGGCAAAUACAAUGAGCUCCAAAAACUAUGUCACGAUUCUUGAAGACCUUCUGUUCAAGUUGCGAAUUAAUGUCGCCGUGGCUAAGGGAUUUGAGGACCUUGAACUGCCAGAUCCUCAUGGCCAUCACACGAAGAAAUAUAUUGAUCUGUGGCCAAUUCAAAUGUCAGCUGAGCUUGGGGCUGAUAAUGAAAGCAAGCAGAACGUUCUGACGACGAAUUUCGAUACUUAUACCCUUAUUCUUCAACUGGGUUGCAUUCUCAACACCGUCCCUUCUUGGAAGAGAACCUAUAAACUAAGAGUGGCUGUGUUUGUCGAGUAUGAGACCGACGUGGAAGAUGAAAGAGGAAGAGUCGAAGCACUUCUGGAGAAGUUGCGGAUAGAAGCCGAAGUUCUGGUCUUCUGGCUGGCUUGCGGCGAUCUGAAGGCUUACCGGAUCAUCGUCAAUGGCGAUACCUCUCCGGAGGUAGCUGAUGCCGAAGAUAGUGUUCAUUCCGUUCUGCGAGGCGAAGAAUGGUGGCUAGGUGUGGUACGAGCUCGCAACUGUUUCCAGAACUUGCAAGAUUCUGAUGCAGCGGGUGACUGUCCUCAGCAACUACAGCAAGCUGCCACCUGGCAAGGCCCCUCAAGUCAGGAAAGCGGAGCCAAGACUUUACAGCAACAUGUGACCGGCCUGAAGAAGUUGAUCCAGAACACCACGCGAAAGCGGUCUGUGUCCAGCUUUCGGGCUCUUGGGGGUUUCCCACUGGGAAUGCAAACACACCGGUUGCUGGAUGCGUUUGUCGACUACGAUAGUCCAGAGAGCUCAGCUGAAAAUAGCGAGGACAGUGAUCUGGAACCAUAUAUCAGCGAGCCUGAAAUGGAUGACGGCGAUGAGGAAGACUUGGCCAGUAGUCGAAACGAGAGCAGGUCGAAACCGGGCCUUCUGCGACCACUGGGCCGGUCCAGUAGUGAUGAUUACAAUCCCAGUGCAGGAUCUUCUAGCACUGAAAGAGCACAAGAAUGGACUACUCGCGCUCAAACGAUCCCCUCCAUCGUUACAACAGGAGAUGACGAAAGAUCACCCAAGAGUCAGUCUCCUGCCCCUCGUCCUCCCAUGAGCCGCUCUGCAUCCAGCAAUCGAUUCAGCUCGUCGCCAAUACCUGAAGCCAAAGUCAACACAGAGGAAGAAGGAGCGGGACCGUCCAUCAUGUUCGCUCCUAACGCUUCGCCUCCUCGUUUUGCCCAGAAUCCAAAGAAGUUGGAUUCUAUCUACGCACGGCGCCCGUCCGCUCCGUCCCCCACUUCCACAAGCAACAACAACCAACCGGCAAUGGGAUACCCCGGACGUGCCUCGAUCCCUCUGUGUUUCAACGAUCUUCCAAGCCGCGCACAGCAUUUGAUUUUGAACGAAUUGAUGGUUCAACAGAGCGGCGAGACUGCUGUCAUUUUCACAACUCUGCCAUCACCGGUGGAAGGUACUUCCCUCCGUGAGGAGGACAGUAUGUCCUACCUAGAUGAUUUGGAGGUGUUGUGGCAAGGACUGCCUCCGUGCCUGCUGGUCCAUAGCAAUAGCAUGACUGUGACGAUGAACCUGUGA